AUGUUUCAUAUGGAACAAUCAUUUAAUUUAAAAAAAAUUCUAAUUUAUUCACUUAGAGUUAAUAAUGCUGGUAUUAUGACAACCCCAUUUGAAACAACUCAAGAUGGUAUUCAAGACCAGUUUGGCGUUAAUCAUAUUGGCCAUUUUCUCUUCACAAUCUUACUACUACCUACUAUAAAAGCUUCAGCACCAUCACGUAUUGUCAAUGUUAGCAGUAUCGCUCACAGAAGUACUCCACCAGCGGGAAUAGAAUUUGACAAAUUGAAUGAUCCGAAUGCUCACAGUACUACUCUAAGAUAUGGUCAGUCGAAACUCGCAAAUAUUUUAUUUACCACUGAACUUAAUGAAAGACUUUUGGGAUCAAACGUUUAUUGUAAUAGUCUCCAUCCAGGCGUCAUCAAGACAGAUUUAUGGAAUGGUCUUGUUUCUUCUUAUGGUUCUUGGAUAAAACCAUUCCUCUAUAUAGGAACAUUAUUUAUGAUAUCACCUGAAGAUGGCGCGUUAACACAACUUUAUUGUGCUACAAGUCCUGAAGUCGAAGAAAAAAAUCUUCGAGCAAAAUAUUUUGUCCCAUUUGGUGAAUUAGGAGAACCUACUGCUCAAGCUAAAGAUAAAGAAUUGGCAAAACAAUUAUGGGAAUUUUCAGAAAAACUCGUUAAAGAGAAGUUGGGUGAUAAC